AUGUAAUAACAAAAAGUGCUUUUUGGAAAUAAGUAGAGUCUAUACCUUUCGUAUGUAUGCUUUUAAGGUACAAAAUACAGAUUAUAUUCAACAUCUGAGUUCAAUUAUGUAGUAAAAGUAUAUGACAAUGGGUAAGAGAAGUAUUUGAAUACUGAGUUACAAGCUGUACAUAUUUUCAAAGAUUAUGGAAAUAUCAACAUUGCCAAAUCAUUUGAAGGAGAUCUCCAAUAAAAUAUUAAAGUAAUAGUAUUUGAAAAAGCUGAAGUCCUCCAAAAUAUUUUGAAGGAUUCAUAAAAAGGUUUGGAAGAACCUCAAGUCCUGAAAAUUUUAUUGGAUUUGAGCAAAGGAUUAAAAUAAUGUCAUAGUUUAGGCAUCACUCAUCGCGAUAUUAGACCUGAAAAUAUUUUGAUAGGAAUUGAUAAAUAAGCUAAGUUAUGGAAUUUUUAAAGAUGCUUUUUUUAAUAAUACGAUCAUUUGCCUAAUGAAUAUAUUCCUAAAAUUAAAGAAGAAAUUGAAGCCAACACUUUCGAGCAUGUCAGAGCUCCUGAACAAAAGGAUUUUUAGUAGAGAUGGCCUAUAACCAAAAAAGUUGACAUUUAUGCUUUAGGAUAGCUAAUGUAUUACAUUUUAUUUAAAGUACGAUAUGAUUAAAAUCCUAAUUGGGAGAAGAAUCCGAAAUGGGGUCUCUAUAGUAAUAAAUUACAAGAGUUAAUCAGACUUCUAUUAAUUCCUAAUCCAAAGGAGAGAUUGAGUGCUGAAUAAAUUGAAGAAUAUAUUCACACUUAUUUAAUAAACUAGAAUCCUAUGUCUUCUCAAAUUCAUAUUAGAAGCUUAUCAACAAAUGAAAAAAUGAAUAGAGAAAUACUUACUUAAAGAAAUGAGAAUUAUAAAAGCAAUUAAUUAGAGCUGAUUGAUUUUCAGCAUCCAUCCUCAUCAUCUCUAUCUACAAAAUUUGUCAAAUUAGUGAGUAAAGUGGCUUAAAAGACAGAUUUUUGGGUGGCUGCUUGUUUGGAAGAAGUUGAUGCUGCUCCGAAUUAAAAAUAUUUUCGCUAUCUUCAUGUUAAAGCAUGGUAAAAGAAAGCCAAAAUUCCAAAGUUUUAUGAAAAAUUAUUCAACAGAUUACAAUUAAAUUCUGUGAUAAUUACUUUCAAAACUCUUUAACUGUUACACAAUUACUUAAAAAAAGGGCCUUAAGAAGCUUUGUUAGUUAAUAAUUAAAAUUCACCCCUUUCUAUUUUAGAGAAGAUUAAAAUGUUUUAAGAGACCUCCAUAACCAAACCAUCAAAAGAUAAAUUUAGAUCACAAUUUUUUACUAAUUUAUUAUACAGCUAUUCUGUUAUAUUAAUAGAAAAGGUCAAAUUUCAUAAAUAUUACUUAAAGUACUUUGAAGGCAAUUUUGCAAUGGUUCCCUUUUUCAAUCACAUUAACUCUAGGGAUAAACUAAAAUUAAGCAUAGCGAUAUUAAAUAAUUUAAUUAACUUGUGGAAAUAGAUUAAUAUUUUCAUAAAUAGUUUUUAAUUCUAAAAAUCAACUCUAUUUAAUUUAUAAUUAGGAUUUGCAAUUACAAUGGCAGAUGAAUUAUACAACAUUCUAAGUACCUGCACUCACAUUUAUUAUGCUUUAAAAUAAAGUACAAAUUAUAUUACAGGCAUGCCUUCAUAAAAUAAUGAAAUCAAAUAAGCUUUUAUACAAUUUGAAGAUGAAUACCAAAACAAUUUUUAUAGUACUUCAUAAUUUUUUUAAUCUUGUAAAUAAAUCCCUUAAUUUUAUUAAAUUAUACCUGAUCCUCCAAGAAGUGUAAUUGAUACAUUGAAAAAGGUACCAAUUUUUUAGCAAAUUAAAGGGGAGUUCAAUAUUUAUGAUUAUCUGAGUUAUUCUAUGUCAAUUGAUGGAAUAAAAAUACCUUAAAGUUAUGGAGAAAUCAUGAGUACUUAAGUAAUUGAAUAUGAUGACGAAGUUGUAGAAUUAGAUCCUAGAAAUGAGAAGUUUGCAACAUAAUACCCAAUAAGACCAGUGUUAUCUGUUUAAACAAAUGCUGAAAGAAUUAAAAAAUUUAGCUUUGAUGUGGACACUAGUGUAAAUGGUUCCAAUAACAAUUCUAAUGUAAUUUCUUAGCAAUAAUAACAAUAACAAUAACAAUAACAAUAACAAUAACAAUAACAAUAACAAUAACAAUAACAAUAACAAUAACAAUAACAAUAACAAUAACAAUAACAAUAACAAUAACAAUAACAAUAAUAAUAAUAAUAAUAAUAAUAAUAAUAAUAAUAAUAAUAAUAAUAAUAAUAAUAAUAAUAAUAAUAAUAAUAAUAAUAGUUAUAGUUAUAAUAAUAAGAGGAGUUAUAAAUUUUAAAACAAUAACAAGAAAAUCAAUCGAGCCUAAACAAGAAUGUAGAACAGAAAAAGAAAUAAACCAAAUAGUAAUAAUAAGGGUCCUAUUUAUAUCAAGGUUUAGAUUUUUCAGACGAAGAUGAGGUUCACCAAAACGAAGAUGAGACAGAAUAAUUUCCAAAUAAACCCAAUGAAUAAUUGUAAAAUAAUAUAAGAGCACCAUUGGUAAACUAAAAUGUAAAAUUGACAAAGGAAUUGUUAAAUGAUGAAGAAUUUUUGAAUUGGGGAUAAAAACACAAUGGAACAAGUAAUUAAAAUGGUUUACUUUAAAAUUAAAGAAUUUAAUCAGCAAAUUCUUAGCCAAUAAAUCAUAAUUACUUUGAUUAAUUCAAUUAGUUGAAUGAGAAAAAGAUCAGUUAAUAAUUAUAGUAAUAAUAAUAAUAAUAGUAAUAAUAAUAAUAAUAAUAAUAAUAAUAAUAAUAAUAAAAUAAUUUUUAAGUUGUAGAUUAUUUCUAAAAGUAGGGGAAAAACGUUUAAGAAUGGAUGAUUUCUCACGAUCAACUAAGAUUAGAAAGAUUAAUUGGAACAGGAAGUAGCUGUGAAGUGUAUAAGGGAUAUUGGAGAGGAGGGGAAGUGGCAAUAAAGAAAAUGAAAAUAAAGUCAUUGAAUGAAAAUCAUUUAAAGGAAUUUAGGAGAGAAAUAUCUGCAUUUGUAACAAUUCAGAAACAUAAUAAUUUGGUCUAAUUGAUGGGAAUAUCUUAAAAGGAUGACGAACUCUAUAUUGUAACAGAAUUUUGUGCAGGAGGGACAUUGUUUGAUUUAUUACAUAGAAAAAAGCAUCUAGAUAUUAGUUGGUAGAAUAGAGUCAAAAUAGCAUGGUAAAUUGCAGAAGGAAUGUUACAUCUUCAUAAAUUGAAUCCACCAUUGAUUCAUAGAGACUUAAAAAGUUUAAAUUUAUUAUUAGAAUAGACCUACGACUAAACUAAGGUGAAUAUAAAGAUAGCUGACUUUGGUUUAGCAAGAGUUUAAGCUGAUAAUGGUGAGAUAAUGACAGGAAUAUUAGGAACAUUUCAUUGGAUGGCUCCUGAAGUAUUUUAGAAUGUCCCGUAUACUAUAAAAGCAGAUGUGUAUUCAUAUGCAAUAGUGUUAUGGGAAAUAUGUUGCAGAGAAACACCUUAUAAACAGUUAUCUACAAAUCCUCCUGCGAUUAUGAAAUUAGUAACUGUUGAUCAUGGAAGACCAGAUCUAAACUUAAUUUAGUUAGGGUGUCCUUCAUUUUUAAAAGAUUUGAUGAUCAAAUGUUGGGAUCAAGAUCCGAAUAAAAGACCAUCGUUUUAAGAAAUAACUUAAUACUUGCGUGCAUAAUUAUGA